CAAGUGAGAAGUUAUGAAAUGUCAGUCGUUCAGUUGAGUGCAAGCUGGUUGAAAUGGCUUCGGAAAAUGACAUUUUCGUUGAUUUAAAUAGAGAAGAUAUUGCCAAACUGAAGGAAAUAUACAGAGGUGUUGAACACGCCCGUGUUGUGCUUCCAUUCUUAGAUGUUGCCGAAACAUGGUUCGGAGGAAGCGAAUUGACCAUAACCUCACCUGGUGACGCUUGGAAGAAAGACGGAUCAAUCGUUGCGUUUAUGGACUUCGGCGUUGCCGCUAUGUUCCUCUUUUCCUUGGAUGAUACGUUCGAAAGAAUCUGUGAUGGACUUCUGAAAACCAAAAGAAUAGAUCCCGGAAAGCCAUUUUACUUUCUCAACGUAUUGGAUAGAAGUAUAGACGUUAUCCUGGCAGUCAUACAGAAAAUGGGUAGGAAAAUCGAGAUCAAUAAUGAAAAUUUUCUCUACACCAUGAACAUAGACAAAACGAAGUCCUUGAAGGUCGAAUGUCCGCCAGAAGUUCACGUGGGAAGGCUGAAGGAAGAGCACGCAGAACAGAUCGAUAGAGUUUGGCCUCACCGCUUUGAGGGUUCCGUAAAUUUGGUGAGAGCAUGGUUGUCCAAAAACGUCGGUUUCGGACUGUUUUUGAAAGAAAACGACCAGCUGGUGUCUUGGGUGAUGCAGGGCGUUUGGGGACACAUGAAUUUGCUACAAACUGAAGAGAAAUACAUGAGGAGGGGAUACGCUAACGUUAUGCUGAUGACGAUCACUAAAUAUUUGGCGGAACAAGGACAAACUCCAAUUGCCACGGUGUUAACGAGAAAUUCUGUUUCGAACAACCUCUUCAGAAAACAAGGAUUUGAGACUAAGGCUAAAUCUUACUUCAUAUUUGUCAGUCAGCGUGUGUUAUGAAAUAUUACACUUUAUUAUUUACUUUUUUAGAGACUUUUGACUAAUUCGGCAUCUUUUGAUAUUUCACUAUCUAUAAAAACCAAUUGUAUUGACUCUUGUUAUGCAGUAUCAAAUGUAACAAAUGUAUUUGUAAUAAAUACUUCGUUA